AUGGAGUCUCGUCUUGAUGGCAUAGAGAAGGUCAUGACCAAGAUAUUGGCCAAGAUUGAAGAAUGGGAUCAGUCUCACAAGGAGCAAAGUUUGGAAGAGCUUGGAUUGGAGGGAAAAUCUGAAUCGCUCAAAAAGUCUAUUCUCAGUGUCAUCAACCCCACCAUCAAGGCACAACAUGUUGAGAAUGUUGCAUUCCAAGACCGGGUCUUGAGGGAGCUAACAAAACUCCAAGAGCAAAUGGAGGAAUACCGCGUCAGUCUGGAGAAGACCAAUGCGGAUUGGGCCAUGUGCAAGCGGGCAGUGGCCAACGGAGGCGCCAUUGGAGCUGGAAUGAUGGCGAAUACCCCAAAAUCAAAAGAGUUCGACGAGUUCAAGCGUGAACUCAAGAGGCAAUUCUAUCUUGAGAAUGUGGCUAUCAAUGCACGGAAGAGAAUGAAGGAGUUGAAGCACACCUCUUCUAUCUACAACUAUGUCGAGGAAUUCUCUGCCCUCAUGCUUCAAAUCACAAACAUGAGUGAAGAAGAUCUCCUCUUCAACUUCAUCGAUGGUCUCAAGUCUUGGGUAGCUCAAGAACUCAAGCGUCGUGGGGUCAACGGCAUCUCCACCACCCUGACAGUGGCAGAAACCUUAGAAGAAUUUGAGUAUCAUAAGAGUAACAACUCUUCAAAGCCCAAGUCUUCAAAGGAUAAUCACAGUAAAGGUGAGGGAGCGAAGGGGUUCAAGCCCCCACAGUACAAAGACCGAGGAGAAAAGCCUUCAACAUCAAAGGAGGGCAAGAAAGACCACUCCAAAGAUAAGAAGCCAAAUGAUGCUUACUUCCUUUGUGACGGACCACAUUGGGCUAGAGAUUGUCCUAAGAGGAAGGCCCUCAACGCCAUGUUGGAAGAAAAGGAAGUUCAAGAAAAGUCACACCUGGGGUGUCUACAACUUCUCAACUCAAUCAAGGCAAGCACGAAGCCAACCACUAAGGAUGGAUCUUUGAUGUUUGUAGAAGUACUCAUCAAUGGGAAGAAGAGUCAUGCCAUGGUCGACUCAGGAGCUUCUCACAACUUCAUCAAGAAGGAAGAGGCCGCACGGCUAGGGAUUCCUCUCAAGAAGGGUCAAGGAUGGUUGAAGAUCGUAAAUUCCGAAGCCAAACCCCUUGAUAGUGUAGCUCACGGGGUGGAGCUACAACUUGGCACUUGGAAAGAGUUGCCCAAGCAACUACCACCUAGGAGAGAGGUGUACCAUCAGAUCGAGUUAGAACUUGGUGCCAAACCACCCGCCAAAGCACCUUAUCGCAUACCUCCAGAGCUUGAAGAACUAAGGAGGCAACUUAAGGAGCUACUUGAUGCCAGAUUCAUCCAACCCUCUAAGGCACCAUAUGGGGCACCCGUGUUGUUCCAAAAGAAACAUGAUGGGUCUUUGCGGCUGUGCAUCGACUAUCGGGCUCUAAAUAAGGUAACCAUAAAAAACAAGUACCCCAUUCCUUUGAUUACUGAUUUGUUUGAUCAAUUGGGCCAUGCGAAGUACUUCUCUAAGCUUGAUUUAAGAUCGGGGUAUUAUCAAGUGAGGAUUGCGGAAGGAGAUGAACCAAAGACAACUUGUGAAGCCUUUGAUGAUCUGAAGACAGCCGUCACGGAGGAACCGGUCUUGGCCCUACCAGAUUGUACCAAGCCUUUUGAGAUACAAUCAGAUGCAUCAGAUUUUGCCAUAGGGGGAGUUCUCAUGCAAGAGGGACAUCCCAUUGCAUAUGAGAGUCGCAAACUCAAUGAGACUGAAAGGCGAUACACCGUGCAAGAGAAGGAGAUGACGACCAUCAUUCACUGCCUUAGAGUUUGGCGACACUAUUUGCUUAGCUCCCGUUUUGUGGUCAAGACAGAUAAUAUUGCCACUAGUUACUUUCAAAGUCAGAAGAAAUUGAGUCCGAAACAAGCUAGGUGGCAAGACUUCUUGGCAGAAUUUGACUUUGUCUUGGAGUAUAAACCUGGGAAGGCCAAUCUUGUUGCUGACGCACUAAGUAGGAAGGGCGAACUUUCUGCUAUCACUCAAGCUCAAGGGGAGCUACUUGAUAUAAUCCGUGAAGGCAUGGAGCAUGAUCUCUUAGCCAAGAAUUUGGUGGAGAAUCAGAGUCCUGCAGGAUUAUUAGAACCACUACCCAUUCCCUCUCAUCCAUGGGAAAGCGUGAGCAUAGAUUUUAUAGUGGCUCUACCUAAAUCCGAGGGUUGUGGUACUAUCAUUGUGGUGGUAGACCGAUUCUCCCAGUAUGCCACCUUCAUAGCGGCCCCUAAGGAUUGCUCAGCUGAAGAAACUGUAAAAUUAUUCUUCAAGCAUGUGGUGAACUUUCAUCCUCAGUUAGAUGGGCAAACUGAGAGGGUGAAUGCUUUGUUGGAGUUAUACUUGAGGCACUUUGUAAGUGCCAACCAAUCCGAUUGGGCUAAGUUAUUGGAUGUAGCUAAAUUCUCCUAUAAUUUACAAAGGAGUGAAUCCACAAACAAAAGCCCAUUUGAGAUUGUAAUGGGGCAACAACCACUCACUUCCCAGUCAUUGGAGACAAGUUAUGUGGGGAAUUGUCCAACAGCCUACAAGAUUGCUAAAUCUUGGAACGAACAAUUGGAUGUGACCCGCUCCUACUUAGACAAAGCAAGCAAGAAAUGA